GCAGCAGGACUGGGAGGAUGACAGCGAGGUGAGGAUCAGGCUCUUCCCGGACCAGGACCAGGAAUACAUCAUUUUGCCUGAUCUAUAGUUGACACACACAGUUCUCUGGUCCUGCAUAAAUAACGUGUAGCACUAAAGUAGGACACCGAGUAUGAGUCCCUGUCUGCGCUGGAGGUGAAGAACGAUGGGGUGGAAAUCUGAGGCGUCGAGACCAACGUGGUGACAGCAUGGUUCAAGGUGGAGAAGCUCAAAAUGGAAAAACGCCCGUGCAGGGAGGAGAACAUUGACUCAAGUGAGGCCCAGCACGCCACCGACGAGUCUGAGGAUGGAAGCAGCUCGGAGAGCGAAUCGGAGGAGCAGAAAUCCCAGAAGGUUCGGCCCAACAGCGGCAGCUGCAAGCGAAGGGAUCCCUUGGCCAUCACCAAACCUCACCGCCAGCUCUGUCGCUCUCCGUGUCUCGACCGGCCCAGUUUUUCUCAAAGCAGCACUGUGCAAGACUUUCGCGAGGACGACGCCGGCACAGCACCGGGGAUCAAACCCGUGAGCGAGCGAGACUACCAGACCAAGAUGGAGUUUGCCUUGAAGCUGGGCUACUCGGGGGAGCAGGUGGAGACGGUGCUCAACAAGCUGGGAUCUGCGGCGCUGAUCAACGACGUACUUGCCGAGUUGGUACGACUCGGGAACAAAGUAGAGCAUGAGAGUCAACCUUGCAGCAGCAUAGCCACGUCACUAUCGCGGUCCCCGUGUGUUAAAGAGGCUGUUAGUCCGGAGGUCUCGGUGGAAGAUGACUCUGUGGAUACUUUUGAUAACCUCAGGCCCAUCGUCAUCGAUGGCUCAAACGUGGCAAUGAGCCAUGGAAACAAAGAGGUGUUUUCCUGCCGUGGGAUCCAGCUUGCUGUUGAGUGGUUUCUGGAGAAGGGGCACAAAGACAUCACCGUGUUUGUCCCGGCCUGGAGAAAGGAGCAGUCACGACCCGACGCCCUCAUCACAGACCAAGAAAUCCUGCGCAGGCUGGAGAAAGAGAAGAUCUUGGUUUUCACCCCGUCUCGAAGAGUUCAAGGCAGGAGGGUGGUGUGCUAUGAUGAUCGCUUCAUAGUGAAGCUGGCUUAUGAUUCUGAUGGAAUUAUUGUGUCGAACGACAACUACAGGGACUUGCAAAACGAGAAGCCAGAGUGGAAGAAGUUCAUAGAAGAGCGUCUGCUGAUGUAUUCAUUUGUCAAUGACAAGUUUAUGCCACCCGAUGAUCCGUUGGGAAGACAUGGACCAAGCUUAGAAAACUUUCUCCGCAAGCGGCCUGUUGUUCCAGAGCACAAAAAGCAACCUUGCCCCUAUGGGAAAAAGUGUACAUAUGGACAUAAAUGCAAAUAUUAUCACCCGGAGCGUGUCAACCAGCCGCAGCGGUCCGUGGCUGACGAACUGCGAGCCUUUGCCAAACUGUCUGCCGUGAAAACGAUGAGCGAGGGAGCUUUAGCUAAAUGCGGCACCGGUCCGGCAGCCGCCAAGGGGGACGGCAGCUCCGAGGCCAAACGCGUGGCGCCCAAACGUCAGUCUGAUCCCAGCAUCCGCUCAGUGGCCUGUGAACCCCUGGAGGCGCUCUCUGUGGCGAGGAAGUCUGAGACGAAUUCCGUGCCUUCCCUCGUGUCUGCGCUCAGCGUUCCCACCAUGCAGCCUGUCAAGAGCCACGCCGCCGGCGCCUUGAACACACGAUCAGCCAGCAGCCCAGUUCCUGGUUCCUUGCAGUUUGCUCACAGCUCUCUGGAGCACAUGUCUAGCGUUCAGUAUCCUCCGAUAUUAGUUACCAACAGUCACGGCGCCUCUGUGACGUACAAUGAACCCUUCCCAAAGUAUGACUCCGUAAGUGAUCAUGGGUAUUAUUCACUCCACAGUGAUUUUUCAACUAUGAGCAUGAGCAGCAUGCACAACGUGGACAGUUUCUGUAGCAUGGAGCACGAGCAUGUGUAUCAGAGAAAUCCCAGCCACUGCCCCGAAUCCUGCCUCAGCCACUCCAACAGCGACUCGUUUUCCUCUUACGGGGACCUGUACCCGAGCUCGGUGGACAGCAGCCUGGAGGAGAGCAUCAAAGGUCAGCAGCAGACCCCCGCACAGGUCAGGAUGCAGAGCUUCUCCCACGGCUUUCGCCACGAAGCGCUCACCAGAGUACAGAGUUACGGACCGGACGAGCCCAAGCAAGGCUCCCGGAAGCAGCCCGGGCCUCAUCUGGCACCACAUCUACAGCACGCCGCAGUGGGGGCUCGGUCCAGCUGUCCGGGAGACUACCCGCUCACUCAGAACGUCCUCCCACCUCUGUCCUCGCAGCCCACCCGGUCUCUCGGCAUGACUCGGAUGGACAGCAUCUCGGACUCGCGGCUGUACGACAGCAACCCGAUGAGACAGAGGCGACCUCCACUGUGCCGGGAGCAGCACGCCAGCUGGGAUCCUCUGCCUUGUGGUAAUGAGUCCUAUGGAUAUCAUUCAUAUCCACUUAGUAACAGCCUGAUGCCGUGUUGCGAGCGGGUGAUGGUUCGCAGCAUGCCAGACAAAAUGGAGCAAAUCUGGAACUCGCCAUGGGAGACCCAAUGUGCAGCGGAGCACCAGGAGCAGUACGUCAUCCCAGAUCACCAGUAUCAAACGUACAGGAACCUUUGUAACAUCUUUCCUGCUUAUAUAGUCCACUCAGUAAUGGAGAAGAACCCUCACUUGACGGAUCCGCAACAACUGGCGGCCGUCAUCGUUACAAAACUGAGGUCGAGCCACUGAGCAGCUACGAAGUUAUUUUGAUGAAGGGAAAUGAAGAUGUUGAUUUGCAAAGAAAGGCACUUGUUAAAUGUUGCAGCAAGCGCAACAUCCGCCCCUCAGGAGCUAAUCAUUUUGUCUCGUGUUUCUGACGGGAAUUGUGGUCGUCGCAAUUAUAGAUGAAGAGUGACGGUUGAGCAAAUCUACAUUGAGGAAGUUUUUAUAUGAAGUAUGGUUCGGCUGUUUUUAUGCAAAAGAACACCUUUUUGGGGAAGUGGUUCGUAACACAUUCACGCCAGCUGAGCAGGGUUGCAGCUUUUACUCAACGUUGGCCCAUUAAUGUCUGGCAGAUCCGUGAAACAUCCUCCAGCCGGAUUAAUAGUUUGAUUAAGACCCAUCUACAAGUUUAAGAUGAACCGUUAUCAACAGUGUUUAGUAUUUGACACAUUAUUAUAAAAUGCACGCAAAUAUUUAGAAGAAUAUCUAAAUUAACUCUGAUUUAAACUUUACUAAAUGUUCAUUUCUAUGUUUUUCUUAGCUCCAGCUAGGUAGAAAAACAUUGUCGUAGUGAUUGAGACUAAAGGCCCACUAGUAAAUCCUUCACGUCACACAGCAAGCGGAGCAGUAGCACCAGAUACCGCGGCGGCAGUGUUGAGCAGUAAAGCUGACGUGCAACCAGUGAAAAUAAAAACCAGAGAAGAAGAGGAGGAAUUCGCCGUCCACCGCAAUGUAUUUAAUGGUCCAACAGACCGUUGCUGUCUACUGCGCUGCCUCUUUUUAUGUCUUUCUAAUCAUGAUCUCCACCGUCGCCGUGUUUACUGAAACUGCUUCUUCUUCAGCUGUUUUUUUUGGCGGUUGCAGUCCACCACCAACCGGUGUCGGAUUCUGACGUCAAAAUGCAGAAGUGAACUCUGAACUCGACACUGCCCAGGUGCGGAUAAAUCAAUUUAACCAAUGUGAUGUGAACUCCCUAAAGUUGAAUUUACCAGGUUACUUAAUGCUUUACCAAAACAAUGUAUUAAUCAGACUAAAGAUAUAAUGGCAUAUCAUCUAUUAAUGGAAUAUCAUUUACUGACAUAAAAAUCAAUAACUACAGCAUAAGAAGUUGUCUAAACGAAACGGUGAAUAAAAAUAACAUAAUUUGUAAAUGUGAAAAAGUCAAUUGAAAGGUUAAGAACUUUAUAUUUAAAACUCCUGACACAACCUAAAGCUAAAGAAACGCACUCUCCGAAGAGCUACAAACAAAUCAUUUUAAUAUUGAUGACAAUAAAUGCACAUUUUGUGAAAAGGAUAUAGAAACAAUAGACCAUAUCUUCCGUGAAUGAAACAAAACCAAAAUAUUUUUGGAAUAGUCUAGAAAGAUGGAUCGAACCGAAAAUUACACUCUAUUUGUAGAGAUAUAUUUGGAGUAUUAUUGAAGAACAAAAACAUUGAACUCUGUUGUAAUCUGAUUUUUUUUUUUCUAGCAAAAUAUUCUACAGUAGUCAUAAACAGAGAGUACUAAGAUCAUCCCCAGUUUUUAACAUUUCUUUAUCUGAAUUCCAAUUAUAUUUGAGAUCUCUGAAAUAUAUAAAAACGUAUGAAGACCUGAAUGACAUGUUAAUGAAAUUACCCGCGAAUACAUGCAAUGUAAAAGAUGCAUCAAGUACGAGGGCGGUGACGCACAACAACGCUCGAAACGGACGUGCCUAUUAGCAUACAGAAGGAGGCAUAAAUGGGCCUUAAGCUGCCUCUACCUGUAACACAAACAAAGACAAACACACUAAUUAUUUUAUUAAUUAAUACCAGGCUUGCGGACUAAAUGCUUAGUACAGUUUAUCUCAUGACCAAGGAGAAGAGAAGCAGCUAACUCUAGAUGGCUGUUCAGAAUUACCUCCAAUGAAGUUACUCAGAGAAACGCCUCAGUGAGGAGCGAAUCCCUUAUUAUUAUUAUUAUUAUUAUUAUUAUUAUUAAUAAAAUCAGCAAGAGUUUGACAAAAAAAACUAGUAAGAAGUAUUAAUCCUGGCACUUGAAUUUGGUGAGGGAGACGUGAUCAUGAAUAUAGCAGCAGUGUUCCUGCAAAACUAAGCCUUAAAAGCAGAAUAGACGUGUUAUUGACGUGUUACAGAUGCUAAUUAUUGUAUUGUGAUAUCGUAACUCUGAACCAGGCAAGUCAGUGUAAACAUAGUAAAUCAAACAAACUACAUGGCAACAGGCAAAAAGCCGUUGCUGAGCAAAAUCUCCCACAUUUGCCUUAUUGAAUCUGACAGACCAGCUCAACACGUGUUGUAUCGUGUAGUUUUUAUGAGGUACAUGUUCAAGCCCUGUGAAUGUGUUAUGAAUCAUCUGAAGUGGGUUUCUUAUAGUGGAAAUCUAACCUUGCAUAGUUCUGCCUCUGCUGUAAAUAAUCCUCGUGAUUUUCUUUCUUUUUUCUUUUGUGAAGUGAAAGGGAGGUAGGUAUAUACCUCACAAGCAUGAACUAUGACAUUCUAUGGCCUUAUAUCUGAAUGACCUCACGCUUAGUCAUCGUCUCGUCGGUUUCGGUGGAAGUCUUUAUCAUUGAAGCCUCCUACUUUCAAAUGUAAAGCACUACCGCAGUAUCUAUAUCUAAAAAGAUAUAUUUUCUCAGCCUCACUUAACAAAGCUACUAUUUUGGUAGAAUUUGAGAGUGCACGCCACAAGCCGAAAUAAGCGAUUUGACUUGUAUACACGUGCACAUAUUUAUGUACAUAUUAUCACACAAAAGCCAUUAUUUCAAAGUUAUUUAUAAGCUGCUAAAUAAUGCCAAAAAAGAAAAUUUCUAUAGUGUCAGUAUAACACAUAUUUACAUUUUGAUUCAUAGGAUUUAAUGAAGUAUAGUGCAAAGUAACAUCUGUAUUUGGAUAAUUUCCUAUGUAUGUACAAUUACUUUUCUGAUUUUUAAUAGAUGCUACAGACAGUAUUUAACUAUUUAUAUAUUGUCAGAACUGUUGUGCUGAUUGUUUUCAGUGUGAAAGUAAUCAAUCUAUCUCUAUUUGAAACUGUAGCCCUAAUAGACUUCCUCAUGUUGUCAGUGGAGCAGUUUUCAAGGGCAAAGUAAUUUAAUUGAUAUCUACUUUUACAUGCACUUAAGUGGUCUAGUUUUCUACAUCUGUAAAUGAAAUUAUUUUCUGAUUACAUAGUAAUAUCUGUAACAGCACCGUUAAGUCUUGUUAUGUCUCGAUGGUGAAUCUUUAGUGGGCAGCACUAUUGAUUUCUCUUUUACAUGCACAAAUGGCUCCGUUUUUAUUUCCAGCUGCAGAUUAAACAUUAAUCAAUUUGUGUAAAUGAUUAAUUUAAAUCAGAACAUACAUGUAUUGCAAAGGGAAUUCAUACUAUUCAGCAAGUAGGAUAGAAAUCUGCUCUUUGAAAACUAUGCGAAUGUAUUUACCAUGGCAGUAUUUAAAGCCACUCUAUGUAGAAAUACCAUUUCUGGCCAAGUGGGGGCAACAUAUUACAUGAAUGAUCAUGCAUCAGCCUCUGGUGUAAAACACAAUAACGUUCACGUGUAGUGGGUCAAACAGGCGUCCCAAAACAUCCCAGGCUGUUUUGUUGGACAUCAACACAGCAGAUCUGUUUGUGGUCUGAAUUGCUGCUUCAUAGAGGGGCUUUAAGGAUAUCAAAUGAAGUCCAAUUUCAUGCUUCAGUCAGUGUCUGACACUUAAUUGCAUGUAAAUGUAGUUAAACCGAGAAAUAAUUUCCACAGGUUGUGGUGAGUCUGAGGAGGCACGUGUUGUUGAAAUGGACUGAAACAGUGUUCGCCAUCACAGUUCAGUGUUUGCACAAAGGUUUCUGCAGCAAAUUUGAAUUUUUAACCUAAUGUCACGUUUAUCAGAUGUCAAAAUCUGGCUGUAACAGUUUCACCUGGUUGUUUGUUAAAUAUUGUGAAAUCUUGUAGAGUAAUAAGUAUCAAAACUAUAAGAAAAUAAGUUUAAGUAAGUGCUAGAAAGUGAUGAUGGAAAUUUCCUGUAUGGCUUUUUGUGGGAGUCUGGACUGCUGACCUCCACACACACACACACACACACACACACACACACACACACACACACACACACAUACAUACAUAAUUCAGUACAGUCUUGAAGGGACGUGGAAGUAUUUGGCUGUGCCUUGCAGCACAUUGCUCUCAGGAUGCUUUCAGUUUUCUGAUUUUGAAUCUCUUUCUGCCAGAAAGCAGUGGUUACUGGCGAGACUCAGAUCUGAUAGUGAUUUAUUUUGUGAAGAUCCUACAUGUAACAUGUAGUAUCUUUAAAGUUGGAUAUGUAUAGUUGAAAUAUGAAGAUUGCGUUGCAAAACUUUGUACUAUUUGUCUACAUCCUCUUUACGCACCUUUUUAAACCGCGAGCUGCCAGGGUGGAUUUAUGUGAUGCAACUUCAUUUAGGUGAAGUUUUUCAUCCAACAGAAUGUUUACAUAGCCAAAGUCAGUUAUAAUGCCUUUUAAAUGCUAUUUUAUUUGGCCACAAUUCUUCUUUAUUCAUGUGUGUGUAUGUAUUAUGAAUUGAAAGUUAGUUUGCCAAAGGGUACAAAUGUUUGACACAAACACCCUCCCUCCAUGUCAUCAAAUGAAAUCAAUGACCGUUUUCACUUAACCUGAAUCCUAAUAGGGCCACUGGCUACCAUCAGUUGCACCAAGUACAUUCAUGCUCCCAAAACGGUUCACUCUACCUCCAUUUACUUUAUUGAGUCCCUGCUUUUUCGUUAUUCCCGCCCUCGGGACGAGUUGCCGCGUGAAACAUGCGGCCAACAAUAACAAUGAGGUUGCACCAUGUAAAGCCAUCCCUUACAGCAGGAACAUGCUUCGAAUGCUUUCAAAGGGAAAUUCCACUUAUUUUCUGGAUCCAGGGAUGUUAAAAAGCAUGGCUUAGAAGUUAAACUAUAGCACUGCAUCAGAUGAAUUUCCCCCUUAAUACUGUAUUUAAUGUUGGUUUACAAAAAAAAGGAAGAAAAAAAAAGAGUCCGUUAGCAGAAAUGUUUUGGUGAGCAGCUUAUUGCUUCAUAAAUUAUUAGAAGUAAAGAAGAUGAUGGUGUUUUGCUCAAAUGUAAAGUCCAGAAAGUCUCCAUUUGUGGUAAAUGAAGACUGUUGUAAUGAAGUCACAAAAUUGUACACAGACGUGUUCAUGACAAGAACAUUUGAAGGAAGAAUUUUUAAAGUGAGUGGUAUUACUCUUUAACAGGGCUAACUGUGUGAGCUUGUGGUAUUGGUGGUGCUUUAAAAUACAUAUUUCUUUACAAUGUUUGGGUAAAACAGUGGUAAUGAAGCAGACAUAAAGAAAACAAAAAAAAAGUUAAAAACAAAACAAAAAAAAAACAGUUGAAUGUGUUCCGCCCAAAUUAGGUUUGGGCUUUGCCGACUUUGUUUUUUCAUGAAAAAAGACGAGGCCACUUUCGGCCGGUUGUCUGUUCAUGAGAAGGUGAAACAAACUGCCUAAAUGUUUCUUCAUGUGAAACAAUCAGAUUGCAAGGCUGCUGUCAAGGUUGCUUCUGGCAUUUGGCUAAACGUUUGCGUGCCAUCCCUUUUCCUCGAGGUAGCCGAAUUACGUGUCUUGGACGUAGGAAAACUCGCUGCAAGAGUAAUUUAAAUAAUCAACAUAAUUACUGACAUGAAAUCAGGUUUGAGUCUGUGAUAGUGAGCGGCCGCUUAACUGAACGCUCGAAUAGUCCAUUGCUCAGAUUCACAGUCGAUAAAUCAACGGCAGUAAUUAAGCCUUCAACAAUUGUAAAAACCUUUGACGUGUUUACAUUCGGUGGCUGUGAUAAACUCAUUUAAAAGGUACGGUAAGCGAUUCUACGGGACUGCUAACCCAAAACACCUUUGGUCACAUUCAGUAGCUCCAUUUUACAUCAGCGGAUACAACGUUUAUAUCAACAGAAUUUAGCGUGCCGCAUGUCCUAACUCUUCUGGAGUCAGGAGGGCGGAGCUAGUCUUUCGCAUUUUGAUGAUGAUGCAACAUCAUCCAGAAAUCCCUUACCCUACCUUUUAAAGUAUACUGUAUAUUUUUCUAUCUUAAAAUAUCUUAAAUUUAGAAUCCCCAAAUGACACAUAAAAUCACUUGUUCUCUCUGAGCAAUAGACUUACCGCCAGGACAAAAAUAAAUUCCUCACCAUCACCACGAAACACUUCCAGCGUACCAACCCAGACUCUCGCCGCCCAACCAGAUGGCGUUACAUACUCCCUCCUCUCCCUGUGCAUGUGCCGCAAACAACUAAGCCACAAAUGUCUAGAAUUGACUUUUGCUUGUUGAUACAAAUUGUAUCUAUACCUUGAAUGUAAAAAAAAAAAAAAGAAAAAAAAUGAAAUGUAUAAUAUGAAUAUACUGUAGUUUUAUUUAAAUAAAGGGGGAAGAUCAAUGCCAUAAUGUUUGUGACACUGUGUGUCACUGGGAGUAGCCCAUUGGUAUGUACUAAUUCUUACUGGGUACAGUAGUUAACCUGCAGGGACAUAUACGUGCUACCUACAUGUGCACAGAUUCCCUGUGUGCAGCAGUGAGCAUCAUGUCCUUUUGUACAUAGUCACACAUGUGUUUAUAUAUAGAGAUGUAACCGUGACACUUGAGUCGUUUGUUGUGACCCGUGCACCCUGAUAAAAGUGCAACUAUUUCUUCUGAACAUGGCAAUUUCUGCUUGAUGCUAUUUUAAUGGGAAGUUCGAUAUCUGUGGGUAUAUUUUGCUUAUUAAAACAUGCCAAAGUUCUUCUGGGGUGGCUUCGUCAAACAUAGUUUCAAGUGAUUCAGUACGCUGGGUGUCCUGCAGCAAGCGAUAUGAUGUACAAAAACGGCUUAUGUGUUUAGCCUAGUAGUUAAAAACGGUUAGAGGAAUACAUAAAUGAUGCUUAUUCGUAGACUGAUUACUGCUUGCCGGAUUUGCCACCGUAAGGUUUGUCCACAUGCCCUCGGUGGCGUUCUGGCCCUGAAUGAAGGAUUUGGUUACGAGUUUUUACUCUGAUUUGUACCCCGUCUGUUGCCCUUUUGAAGGUAUACAUUUUUUCUUUUAAUUUAUUUUUAAAAUGGCAUUUUAUUGGAGUGUUUGGCAGUUGGUUUCAUGACCAAUUCUUAUUGUGCACAAAGCAGACAUGUUCAAUUGCUUUGCAUUACUAUUGAAUUAUUCAUUAACAGUUUUUUUUUUUAAUCUGAGGUGAGUUUUCGUUGGAUCAACAUUGUCAUGACGAUGUUGAGACUGAUGUUGUGAGUAUUAAGGUCAGAGUGAGCUGUCGUUGGCUAGCAUCCAAACCAAAGUGAUUUCUGACGUGUAAACGAUAAAUACCUGCUAUGUUAAUUACUUCAAGUGUAUCUCGUGGCUCGCGUACGGCUUUGGCGGUGUUUAACACGCCAUGACAGGAGGUGCACAUAUUUAAACAUGACUGUACAUAAACAGUAUACAGCGUAAAACUCAGGUUUAGUCACACAAACAUUUUAAAAUCACAGACUCUGUUAUUUUCAGCGGUCGCCUCUCUGGAGCAAGUGUUGAUGUCCUUCGGUGGACCAUCGUGUCUACAUUGUAAAAAGGGAAAUGUAAAGCAAGUUAUUUUUCUGUGUCGUCGUGAUGAUCUGCAGUAUUGUAAUUCAUACUGGAAGGCGUUGCUUUUAUAGACCAAAAUAUAUAUAUGAAAAUCGACUAUUUGGGUCUGUGGGCUCAAACAAAAUGUAAGUCUUAUUGACAAACUGUGUUUCUCUGCAUAAAUAAAGCAAACAUCUGUUCAAAA